UAGUCAUUACUCAAUAAUAUUAUUGAAAAGUGAUACGAUUAUAAACAAGACAUUUCUAGUUAUUACCAUAGAAUAUCUUUCCACUUUUAAGAUGUCCCCUAAGCCCAGAGUAUUCGUUGUGGGCGUCGGUAUGACUCGAUUCAAAAAACCAGACCAAAGAGUUGGCCUGGAUUAUCCUGAAAUGGGUGGUGAAGCAGUGAGCAAAGCUCUACAAGAUGCGUCUGGCCUUGCUUACGACUCUAUAGAGCAGGCCUGUGUGGGAUACGUGUAUGGCGACUCCACGUGCGGCCAGCGGGCUUUGUAUCAACUGGGCAUGACAGGUAUACCAAUCUACAAUGUGAACAACAACUGUGCCACUGGUUCUACGGCUCUAAUCCUCGCCAAACAACUGAUUGAAUCCGGCAACAAUGACUGUGUACUAGCGCUAGGUUUUGAGAAAAUGCAACCUGGAUCCCUCAAACCUGAAUUCACAGAUCGCACACAUCCUCUGGAUAAACAUGUCGAAAUGAUGUCAGAAACAGCUGGACUAGACAUAUCUCCAAUCACUGCCCAAAUGUUUGGCAACGCAGGCUUGGAACACAUGCAAAAAUACGGAACAAAACCAGAACACUUUGCGAAAAUUGCUCUCAAAAACCAUGAAAACUCUCUUAACAACCCUAACUCACAAUUUAGUCACAAAACCACUCUCAACAGCCCUUAUUCUCCACUGAAACACGGCGGGUACACAUUGGACGAAAUCCAAAACUCUCCAAAAGUUUUCGGACCCCUCACAAAACUGCAAUGUUGUCCUACAUCAAACGGAGCGGCGGCAGCUAUUUUGACUUCUGAGCAGUUUGUGUUGGCUAACAAUUUGACAAAAAGUGCUGUGGAAAUAUUGGGGAUUGAAAUGUCAACAGAUCUACCGUCUACGUUCUCCGAAGGAAGUUUUAUUAAGAUGGUGGGGUACGACAUGACUAGAAACGCCGCUGAGAGGUUGUAUAGGAAAACACAUACUAAACCGAGUGACGUGGAUGUUGUGGAACUACAUGACUGUUUUUCUGUCAACGAACUGUUAAGCUACGAAGCGUUGGGACUCUGUGCGGAGGGGAAGGCCAAGGAUUUAAUUGAUGCCGGUUUGAAUAAGUAUGGAGGAAAGCAUGUUGUGAAUCCCAGUGGAGGACUGAUAGGGAAAGGACAUCCUUUGGGAGCCACAGGGUUAGCACAGUGUGCGGAGUUGUGUUGGCAACUGAGAGGGGUGGCGGGAGGUAGACAGGUGGUUGAUGCUAAACUGGCAUUGCAGCAUAAUAUGGGGCUGGGAGGAGCAGCUGUUGUCGCUUUGUAUAGAUUGUAUAGGCCGAAUUUUUCUAAACCAAUAUCGAAGUUGUGAAAGAAUUUUUAUCUUCGCCGUUUCAAAGGUGUCUAAUAAGGAAAAAAAUAUACUUUGCAAUUAAAUUCCAAUAUCCAAAUUAGGAAAAGUUAGAACAAGUUAGUUGGAUUCGUUUGUGAAGUAGGUUUGUACACAGAUUUGACUUGGUAGGUUAGGUUUAGAUAGAGCAUUGUGUACAACAGAUAUUAAAAUAAAUGGAAAUUGAAAAACUCUGUAGUCUCUUCCAAGGUACCUAGAAUACAUUCACUUUAGAUUUGAUUCAAGUAAUUACAGCUGAUGCCAGAUUCAAAGCUAUGGAAGAAUUCGUUUUUGAAGUACAAUGGAUAAAAUCAAUGAAAAUAAAGGAGUAAUGAAAUACUGUAUUUGUAUUAGUAAUAAAAUAGUACUGCUGC